GAGCAACUCAAUCGAGUCCGAAUGAGCAUGGACACUUUACAAGCAGAAGUUGGCAAGGCAGUUCGAGAACUUGCAGGUCACCAGAAAACUCUUGUUGACACCCUUGAGCGUCAGCAGCAUGAGCUGAAUGAUUUACGAGCCCAAAGAGUUCCAAUCCCUCCAACUGCUUCUCAGUCAGUGGCGGCUGCCAAUGAGGAUCGCUUCGGUGCCAUGGGAGAAACCAGUCCUUUUACUUCUGGACAAGACCCGCCCAUCCAAUUGCCAGUGAAUGCUCAGCAAGAUGCGCUGCAGAGAAGCGACAAGUGGCUGCCUAGCAUGCCCGUGGUCGAGUCGAAUCGGUGGAAAAGCCGAAUGGAGGAGAUUUUGGGCAUGGAACAGCUCAUGGCAAUGCUUCGCCAGACCUUCCAGAUGACUCCGCGAGCCAAAAUCAUUCUGCUUGCUUAUGUAGAAGGCCCUGGAGAUAAGAACGGGUAUGAGGCUUUGCGAAGGAUUGUCCAAGAAUACAUGAUCAAGACUCGUGCUGAGUUGAUGCAUUUCCGCACAUCUUUGCUUGGCCGAACUUUCAAAGCUCAAACAGUGACAGAGGUAAUCAAGCAAAUUGAGUUCGAGGAGAGCCGGUACAACAAGCUUGCUCGGAUGUUGCCCUCGAAUGUACCAGCUUCCGAUUUGGCCCUGCUCCCUAGUGAUUUGGUGAUGGUCCUCAUCAAAUCCUUGCCUGUUGGUGUGAGGGAAUAUGUUGUCAUGCAUAGCCCAAGCCAUGACUAUGUGCAAAUGAAAAAUGCCGCUUUGUUGUACGAAGCCAACCAGAGAACUUGGACAGAGAUUGCAGGCAGCAGUUCUGCCACCUACAUGCAUGGAAUGUUUGACACGAAUGACAAGCCGAAAGGAAAGGGCAAAAGCAAAGAUGGUAAGAAAGGAAAGGGGAAAGCAAAAGAUUCAAAUAAAGGUGCAGCUAAGGGCAAUGGUGAAAAGUCAGAGAAGGAAAGGAAUGCCACGUGUUUCCGAUGUGGUCGCACAGGCCAUUUCUCUUCAAAUUGUCAUGCCAAGAAAGACAAGGAUGGCAAGCCGCUUGAAGGGAAGCCCGCUCCAAAGAAAGAUGGAAAGGGAUCUGGUGAAGAGAAAGGUUCCAGCACAGGUCCUCAGAACAAAGGAAAAGGCAAAGGAUCCAAAGGUAAGAAAGUCAAUGAAAUGCUUGAGCAGCCUGAAGGCGAAUCGUGGCCUACCAAUGGUCCAGCUGAAAGUCAGGGUUCCAAUGGAGAUGGCAGCCGUGCGUCAGCUGCGAAGCAAGCAGCAGCCCCUUUGAAUCCCAUUUUGCCUACUCAGUCUUGGUUUGAAGACACGAUCGUGCAGUUUGAGCGAGAGCAGAUCACAGAAGAGCAGUUCGAUUUGGUCCACGGAUCAUUUCUCAUGGAGGCCUGGCUUGGCGAAUUCAAUAUGUCCACAGAAUGCCCCGAGCCAAUUGAAAUUAUCACGGACGCAGAAGAAGCUGUUUCAAGUUUCAUGAAAGGUGCCAUCAACCACAGGCCAGCUUCAUUUGUCAAAGCGCCGCCGCAAGGUCACCAGACCAUUGGUGGAGCAGAGGCUGGAGUCCGAGCCAUUAAAGAUGCGUUCAACACUCUUCGGCAAGACUUGCGUGAGAAUGGCUGUGAUGUUUGCGUCAGGAAUCAGACAGCUGUGAAUGUGCCAGCUAGCUUGAAGAAAGAUUGCAUUUCCCGAUUUGAGAAGGCAACGUAUUUGCGACCUGAGUUCAACUCAUUGGGGGAUGUCGUUUGUACUGUCAUUGGAGGGCAAGAACGUUUCUUCGUUUGCAAGAGCUUUAAGAUUGUUUCCCCAUUGGAGUGGGACGUCUCCUUGUCUCCAUCUGUUUUGCAUUUUUUCGACCGGAUGCAGCCUGAUGUUUCCAUUGAAGAUCUCUCCGCAAAGAUGUCUGGUCCUGUUUUGGCAGCCGAUGGCAGCCAGGUGCGACGUUUGAGUGGCAAGCAGAAGCCACCGCCAGGCCUGGGUGAAGCUGAUGAACCCAUCCAGCAGAGGUUUCCAGACUUUCCAGCAAACAGAGAGAAACGAGUUUCGUUUGAUCUUCCAAAGAAUCAACCCAUACCAGAAAGUCUCCCAGUUGAAGGGGGUCAACAUCUCGAUGAGAAUCCACAUGAUGUUCCAUAUUCGCCCAGCCUUGCACCCAGUUCUCCAAAGGCAUUGGACGAGCCAGAAAUCAUCCAUGACAUGGAAGUAGACGACUCUGCUGACGGAAUGGUAGACCUAAGUGAAUUUGCAGCUGCUGGAGGCGAACCUACAGCCACGGAAGCUAUGGAGUUAGAUUUGGUAACAGCCUUGGAUAACUUUGAGCUUUCGUAUUUAGAAGAGCGUCACAUUGGCAUGUUGCAAUCGGUUUAUCAGAUCCGCGGAGUGAAACCCAAGAGCAGCAAGGCAAACCUUUGUGGGGAAGAAAUUUUACUUUUGUUUCCUGGAUAUGUCAUCAGUGACGCCAAUGGCCAAUAUCUCGACAAAGACCUUGCGUAUGCAGGGAUGCGCACUGAAAUCGAUUCCAUGACCAGUCAGAAGGUUGGCAGACCAAUCCAUGAGCAGGAAGCCCAGCGUCUUGCCAAGCAAUGGCAGAUUAGUAUAAUCACUUGCCGAUGGGUUUGUGUUGAGAAAGAUCCCUUGAAUGUUCGCAUGCGACUAGUUGCACGGGAAAUGGCAAAAGGGAAGAGUUCUGCCCGCCUGGACAUCAGUGCUGCAUUCAUGGCUUCUCCUCUAGGAAAUUCAGACACGACUGAAUAUAUCCCAGCAGAUGCCGAGCCCACUGAAUCAACGCAAGUUUCUGAGUUGGAACAAAUUUUGAAACUGAGCCAAAGCCUCGCCGUUGCAGCAGAUGAGUUCACUUUCGAGCUACCCAAGAGAAAUAGGCCUGGACGUGCGAUUUUCAGUGAGAUGAUGAGCCGAUGGGCCAUGCAAUUGAGAUUCAGCCAGCGAAAGGGG